AACCCAGACGUGGUUCUGGUCCACUAUCUGAACGUGCCGUCUCUGGAGGAUUCUGGGAAAUGCAGCUCUCCUCUGUGCACGGUGUGGGACCGCCACGACAGUGUGAGGUGGAGCCGAGAGGACCUGCUGAGCCAGCUGAAGCCCAUGUUCCACAGCAUGAUGUGUUCGCUGGGCCCCGGAGACUUCAGCAUCGAGGAGCUGGUCCAGCACAUCCUGGACCGACAGAGAACCAAGCCCCAGCCACGCACACACACCUGCCUGUGUCACACCAACCAGGUGUCCUCCGGAGUCAACAUUCCCCACCGCUGUAACAGCACCAAACACCGCAUCAUCUCCCCCAAACUGUCCUCCCACCUCCCCUCUGAGCCGGGGGAGGCAAGCAGGGGUGCCGGGGGAGAGCCCAAACUGCCCCACCUGCAGGCUCAGAUAAGCCCCGCCUCAUCCCCCUGCCCUUCAUCCAG